AUGCAUGGAGCGGAGGGUUUUAUGAGCAGCAUUUCUGAAAGAAUUAAAUUUUUACUGGCAAGGGAAGGCUUGAAGCAGCGGGAUUUGGCUGAGGCUUUGUCGACUAGCCCACAGACCGUCAACAACUGGAUAAAAAGAGACGCGUUAAGUCGUGAGGCGGCGCAACAAAUAUCUGAAAAAUUCGGUUAUUCUCUUGACUGGUUAUUAAAUGGAGAGGGUUCUCCAAAGAAGGAUCUGGAGAGCAACAUCCCGCCAGAGUCUGAGUGGGGAACUGUCGACGCUUGGGACAAAAAUACCCCCCUACCUGACGAUGAGGUGGAAGUACCGUUUCUGAAGGAUAUCGAGUUUGCGUGUGGUGAUGGACGAGUACACGAUGAGGAUCACAACGGUUUUAAAUUGCGCUUUUCAAAAGCAACGCUCCGUCGAGUUGGAGCCAAUAGUGAUGGUUCUGGUGUCCUGUGUUUUCCUGCAUCAGGAGACAGUAUGGAGCCAGUCAUUCCUGAUGGUGCAACUGUAGCUGUUGAUACUGGUAAUAAGCGAGUUAUUGACGGCGAACUCUACGCCAUCAACCAGGGAGAUCUGAAGCGCAUCAAGCAACUUUAUCGCAAACCAGGCGGAAAAAUUCUAAUCAGAAGCAUUAAUCGUGAUUAUGACGACGAAGAGGCCGAUGAGGCAGAUGUCGAGAUAAUCGGUUUUGUGUUCUGGUACUCGGUAUUGCGAUAUCGCCGAUAA